UUUAUAGCACACCCUAACGGAGAUGAAGAAUUUUCUUCUUGUUUCCAACGACCAUGAAAAAAUCAUCCUGCAAAAAUACAUAGAUCGUUAUGCUGUCUUUUCCAUAUUUGUUAUAAUAUGCUAUUUCUUAACAAUAAUAACCUUUUGUUGCAUCCCGGUGUUUGCUUCGAAGAUAUUUCCUUCCGAAGGAUUGUAUCCAUUUCCCAUUGAAUCGCCACUUAUGAUGUUUAUCAUCUAUGCCACGCAAGUCCACACUGUUGUGCAAUGUGGACUUUGCGUCGGGAUAGAUUUCACGUUUGCCGUAUUCUUCUUGUAUGCAGCUGCCAGAUUAGAGAUGUUAUGUUUCGAAAUACAAGCUGCAAAGAAUGAAAGACACUUAAACUCGUGUAUCAAGAAACAUCAGGAAAUAAUCAAGUUUGUUGAUGAAACGAAAAAUAUUGUACAAUGUUGUCUUUUUAUAACAAACAUUGUAAUGGCAGUAGCUGCUGUUUGCGGUACUUUCCCAAUUAUUUAUAGACAAUCGUUGGGGACGUCUCAAUUUAUUUUUGUUGUAAUGUCUGGAUGUCUGAGAAUAUACAUUACUGCUUGGCCAGCUGACGAUUUAAUGGAAAAUAGUGAACGAGUGUCAAUGACAGUAUAUGAUAUGACGUGGGUUGGAAGAUCACAAUGCAUUAUUAAAAACAUAUGCUUCAUAAUGCAAAGAAGUCAAAAACCACUUGUAAUCAAUAUAGGACACUUGCUAGGAAUCUUAUCUCUUAAAUAUUACGCUAAGUAUCUCGUGACACUUUUAUCGUAUUUCACAACAAUGAGAGCAAUAAUCGGCGAUUUGAAUCAUUGAAGUAAGAAAGUAUGGAUUAUCUUGUGCACUUACUUAACUAUUAGAUACAAUGAUAUACGAAUUAUAUAAAUGCACACUUUGCGAUGAAAAAGAAUCGAGCGACUGCUGCAAAAAUUCUUCAUCGAGCAUGUCAUUACUUGUUAUGUGUGUAUAUUACAAGCUUUUCUGAAUGUGAAA